AUGAAUAACAACGACCAAGGAAUCAACAACAAGAGAAAGAACAACAACCAAGAUCUUAACCAACCAAUGCUCUCCGAAGAAGACGAAGACGACAUGCUCGCUCUCUCUCUCAGUCCUUACCGUCCAUCAAGGCCUCGACGAAGUCCGGACCCGGUAGAUCCACCCCCACCACCGCCUUCGCUGAUGCCGUCAUUGUUCAUGCAAACCCUCACGGCCCAAAACCCUCCACCCCAACCUCUACAACUCUCACCCUCACACCCUCUUUACAUGACUACACAACAACCACCUUCCCUCAUCCCCUCCUCCAUGCCCUUGGUUUAUUCCCAAGAGCCGGGCCGGGGGCCUUCUACAUCUCGCCCAAUUCGUACCCGACGAAACCCUACUCAGGUUCCUCGGGAGGGAAAGAGUAAGACUGUCCCGGCCCCUUUUCCGUGGGCCACCACCAGGCGGGCCACGGUGCACACUCUUGAGUACUUGUUGUCAAGGGGUAUCCGUACUAUCACUGGUGACGUGCAGUGCAAGCGAUGUGAAAAGUCAUUCGUGGUGGAGUACGAUCUGGAGGAGAAGUUUACUGAUGUUGGGAGUUUUGUUGCUGAGAAUAAGAACACGCUGCGUGAUAGGGCACCGCGUUCAUGGACGACGCCGGUUCUUCCUAGGUGCAGGCAUUGUCAAGAAGAGAGCAGCGGGAAACCGAUCAUAGCGGAGAAAAAGAAGGCCAUCAACUGGCUGUUUUUGCUGCUAGGGCAGAUGCUUGGUUGCUGCACGCUUGAGCAGUUGAAGUAUUUCUGUAAGCACACCAAAAAUCACCGAACCGGCGCCAAGGAUCGAGUUCUUUUCCUCACCUAUCUUGAGCUGUGUAAACAACUCGAUCCCAAUGGACCUUUCUACCGAUCAAAUUCGAAAAGGUGA